GUGUGUCUGAUGAAAUCGCGGCCGCCCGCCCGCCCCCACCUUCCCCCCCCCACCUUCCCCCCCCCAUUCCACUUCAAUCCGCCUCGGGAGAUGGAGGAGCGUGGACGGACGGUUGCGUGUUGCGGGAUGGACGGUGACAGGACCGAGAUCUGGCAGCAACAGCACCACCUUCACCUCCACCUCCACCAUCUCCUGCAGGUCGUAUCGCGGCACCGGGCGGACUGUUACGGCUGGGCCGCUUCUAAUUUCGAGGUUUGGGCGCCGAAGUUCGUUGGCUCACAAAAUGGCGGCUGCGCCUUGAACCAUUAGGGAACGGUCGGGCGGCGUAAAGCAGUCGGUCGGUCGGUUGUGUUUUUUUUAUACAUUGUUUCCCCCCCAAGGGCGAUUUUUUUUAUUGUUGUUGUCGUGAAUCUUUUCCUUUUUUUUAAGAAAUGAACUGGGAGCAGCCGGGUCCAGCCCCCGCGGCCGCCUCCUGCAGUGACGGCGGCCUUGGGGGACACCCUGUCGGGCCUGCCCUCUACCAGAGCCCGUGGAUGAGGCUGCUGUCCUUGUUUCACAGGCCGAGCCUGGCCCGUUUCCACCGCCACGAAGGGGAGCCCCACCUGAGCCGCGGCUCGGGCCUCCUGGGGCCUGUCCUGGACAAAAUGCGGGGAGUCGGCGGCGAGAGGGAGGCCGUGUCCCCCAUCGGGGGUCUCUGGGCCGCCGCCUGGCACUGGGUGGGGGCAGCCGAGCCUCCACCUCAGGAGGAGGAGGAGAAGAAGCUGGAGGUUGUAGUGCAGGCGCCGCCGAAGAUCCCCGAGGCUUCCCCUGCCGCUCGGACCCUCGUCCCGGUCUUCCCCGGCUUGUUGUCCAAAGUGUUGGGGCGGAUCUAUUCCCUGGAAACGGCCAGCAGCAGUGAAACCAGCCCCUUCCAUCCAUGCCUGCCUCAUCCCCUGGACUUCGACAGGACGAGCUUAGGACUGCCCCAGUGGAGCUCUGACUAUCCAGCAGCUUCUGUGCAGCAGCUGCUGGCCCCAGCGCAGCCCAGCAUCCAGCAGAUGGAGAAAUACCUGGAAUUCUCCCACUACCACAGAGGGGUGGGCAUUGCCACCCCAUCCGAUCAGGACUACGGCUAUUCCAGCUUGGAAGAGGAGCAUAUCGGCUCCCAGUGCCAAAACAUGAGGUAUUCAGGCAAAGGGGUGCCUCCUGAGCCUGCCCCCAGUGUAGACAACUGCUCCGAAGGUAAUGAUCUGAAGGCCAACAGGGUCACUUGCGUGGAUAAUGAAAAGAUAGUUUUGCUGCCCCUUUCAGUUGACUCGACCGUGCUCGACCUGCAGUAUUUGGGUAUUGAGAAUACCAUUAGAGACAAUGAGUGGGAUAGCGAUGAGAGUAACAGUGAUGAAUCGGAGGAUGAUGCUGAGGAAGAGGAUGACUGCUAUCCCGUAUCCAGACCUCAUUGCUCCAAUAAAACAAUAGCUUAUAUUUUAGGAAGCAACUCCAUUAGUGAUAGUGAUGACAGUGAGGAGGAUGAGGACGGCGACUCAGGUGACGAUGGUUUUGACAGCGAUGGUAGCAGUUCUGAACUCUCAGAUACUGAUGAAGAACUGUUGAACAUUUUAGCUGGGACCUCCGAUCCUUAUAACCUUAUGAAUUUUCAAGCCUGCAUUAAAACCCGACACAAAAAGGACACAAGAACUGUAUUCCAGUCCAGUUGCACUCAGCAACCCAAGUUGUGUACCAUUGAGCUGGACGAUGAUUCAGACAGACUGGAUAGUGGGUUUACUGACGAAAUUCAGCAUGAACUACAGAAAACAUUCACCAAAGUAGCUUCUGUAAAAAAAUGCUCCAAAAAGGUUGCCUUUGAUGAGCACGUCACUGUCUAUUAUGUGAGUAAUGAAGAAAUCCGUAAAGGACCCUGGGAAGAGUAUGCCCGGGAUCGCUGCAGAUUCCAGAAACGAAUUCAAGAGACUGAAGAGUCUAUUGGCUAUUGUUUUACCCUUAAACACCGGCAGACUGUGCUGGAAAAUUUGCUACUGAGCAGCUAAUGAUCCAUGAGAGUAAAGGGCUUUGGAAAUGUUCAUCUUGUUAAUAGUUUAUUUGCAAAUUGCCCCUCGUUUUUGUUGAAAUUUUGUGCACUCACACACUUGCCUACCAUUUAGGAAUUGCUGGGAAGUUUGUUAUGCAGUUAAUGCUCAGUCAGUUUGCAACAUGAAGGAACAUGUGAAAAAAUAAUCACUAGAGUUACAAUGACAUAUCUGGGGAAUUAAAAUUGUGCUAAAAUCUGCUUGCUAGAUUGAUAUAUCUGCAAGUGUUAUUUGAUCUAAUGAUUACAGCAUUUAACUUUUAUUGUGACAUUAUUUUUAUGGUGUACACCAGUGGUUUCUCUAUCACUCUACUAUUUGAUCCAACUUGUGUGAAUCACCUAGAGAUGUACUUGUGGUUUACCGAGGUACAUCUGCUUUACCCCACUUGAAUGACAUUUGGGUAGUACAGCACUUACUGUUAAUUAAAAAAAAAAAAAUUCCCAAAUAAAGAUCGUAUAUUGUGAAUACAGUAGCUGGGUUUUUCCCAAGUUGCUUAUUAACUGGAGUUUACAUUUAGGUUCCUAGUGAGUUUUGCUCCCUGUUUCCAGCAAAUUUUUCUUACAAUCAAAUCUGAUUUAGGGAGAAUAUAAUGUCACAUCUUAUACUGUACAAGUUAGACAAUGACAUAGCUUCUUUAUUUAAUUGUCUGAUUUGAUUUGUUGGUGCAGCCUAAUUUCAGAACUGUCAGUGUGAAGGAAAUCAUUGCUUGCGCUAAUGGGUUAUGUUUGUUAAAAUAUGUAUGCUGUAUUGGGGGCUUUUGGUUAGCUCUUUGAUCUUUAAGCUUUAGCCUUUAAAAAUGUUGGGAGAAGGGGGGGCUUUAGUUUCAUUGGUGAAUAGAUUAUUUGUGCAAACUUUUUGGAUCCACUUCUGUCAAUCGUGUUUAAAGAAGCUCAGUUUCCUGGUUAGAUUUUCUUCAGAGUGAUAACACACAGGAGUCUGUGUCACUGCUUUCUAAUGUACUACAGUAGGAGUUUCCACUUCCCAAAGGUAGAUGUAAACAGCACAGGUGGUGGCUAUUUGGUCUCUUAUGCCUGUGUUAGCUCUUUUUGUAAGAAUGUUCCAAUUAGUCCCACUUCUCUGCUCUUUGAAAUAGCCUUGAAAGUUUUUCCCUGUUGAUAAAUUCCCCUCAUCUGCUUCAACCUGCCAGGCAGUGCAUUCCAAAUGGACUUUUUGAGUUUAAAAAGAGAGUGACCAAUUUACAAACAAUGAUUUCAUGUUUCAGUGAAGCCUGGUCCUUAAAUGUUACAUAAAAGGAAUGUUAGUUCAAGCCAAGCCAGCAUUGAGUUUCAGGGCAUAUAUGGGUUGUGGACUGAGCCAUCCCUUUCAUUCGACAAUCAGAAGCUAUUCACUAGCUGUUUUUAACAGAACUGUUUCUCAGCAUGGGAUGGAAAACUAUGAUUUACAACAUUAGUAAACUACAGCCAAUCUUUCUUUUUAUCUUCCUAAUCUGGUGGGCUGGUGAUCAUGCCAUGAAAUUACCAUUGUAUCUGAUCACCAUUCUGCACACUUUAUUAGAGAUGUAGUUCAUACCAUAUUACUUUCUUGGAAUUGACUUGUUUGUUGCAGUAAAUUUUUUAAAGAUGAUUGCAAGUCAUCAAGAAUCAUUACCAGAUCUUUGAGUAUGGAUUUUAAAUUGUUACUUUUCCUGUUGUAUUUCAGUUUGAUUUUUAAGUAUGUAUAUUAAUCAAAUUAAGUUCCUGACUAUAUCUGAGAAAAAGUUCAGUUGAAUUUGUCUGUUUUUGAGACAGUGCGUAGCUAUGUCACUCAAAAGUUGUUCCACUUUCUUGGAAAUGUGGUUGAAUAUAUAAUUGGCAGAAGAUUGUGAUGGGGUUAUCGAUAGGAUUUCUCUUUCCAUUUGAUUGGAUGUGUUUAUCCUAUAUUGGUCUUGAGGUUGCCAAGGCUUUAGACUUCAGUGGUUUGAUCUGAGAUUAGUAUCCUUGCUUAAUUAAUCUACGUUUCAAAAGCAUUUGAUACUAGUCAAAUCUUACUGUACUUCAGCCUCUGCAUUUGUGACAUUGUGCUUUAGGCAACUUUUUGCAGUCCCCAAAUUGGAUUGUGAAACAGUUGCUGAUUGACAGUCCUUGAUUCCAGGUUGCUCAAUAUGGUCUUUAAUAUUUCUUUGUGAUGCACCUUUUUCAGAAUUUGAUUGUGUUUGAAAUUUCUGAAGUUCAUCUUUUAGCUCACAUUGAAAUGUCAUGGGCAAACUUGUACAAAGUGAGAUUAGAUUGUGAAUCUGGUUCUCUAAAUGUAAUAAUGAAUUACCAAUUAACAAUACUGAAUUUGAAUCUAGUUAUAUCUGAUGAACUAGGUGACAUUCGCACGUUAAAAUUUGCUACUUAAAAUUGCUUGUUUAAAGAAACCAUGCCUAGUUUUGUUUCAAAUACAGUACUGCGCUACUCUAACAGUGCACCUCUUUUGAGAAAACACUUCUCACCUUGGGUAGCAACGAUCAUGUUAGUGUUCCAACUCAAUCAAGGAGCUGGGAGUUUGACAAAAGUUGACCCUGAUCUUUGCGUGUUAUGUGUGCAGUGUUCAUUUGUUACUGAAGUUGUUCUGAUGAAUUCCCCCUUUAUUGGGAAAAAUGUUUGUGUAAGUAAAUCAUAUAACAAUUGGAAAGUAGAACUCAGAUUAUUGCAAACAUUAUUUGACUUGAAGGGCAGUGCUUCCACAUACACUUCAAUUCAACCUUGAAUCUCCACCUUGUGUACAACAAAUUAGUGUAUGACCUUGGCUUGUCCAACUGAUGGAAUUAAUUUUGGACCAUCUUCCUUCUAUAGUUUAUUUAUCAAGGAACUAAUUGUAUUUUUGUAUAAUUUUGCAGAUUUGUAAACAAUGUAAAGAAAGUUAUAUUAAUUUACAUAAGAUUUACUAACUAGGAUAAAUAGAUGUUUGUGACUUGUAAUUCCCCAUCAAAUGUUUAUGAACGUCACAGUAAAUUGAGACAUCGGUGUGCCUGAAGCACUGAGUAACCCAAUAGUGUCGAGAUCUCAAAUAAAAUAUUAAUGUGCAUCA